UGGACGAUAUCUGGUUAUCCUGUACAAAGAGAUCGAUUCCUAGAAACAACUAAGCUUUGGGGAAGCAUUUUCUCUGUGAACCAUUUACAAUCAGACCUCCUAAAUCUCAGAACAGAAUCACGCUGGUAAUGCAACGUCGGCCCACCUACCAAACGUGCUUCUCCAUCUUUGCUUGCAAAGGCAUGGAACCAGGCCAUAGAAGAACUCCUGACUCUGCAACAUCUCAAUAAAAUGGCAGCCGCAUCUACAUUGAUCGGCAUUGCCGCUGCCUUUUGUGUGCUUGGUUUGGGGCUCAUUUUGCGUUCCUCUUGGAGGGCCUUGAUUGGUACCCUUUCCCUGGGCGCAAUCUCACUCCUAGUCUUCAUCACGGCUCGCCAUCUACAAAUCCAGCAGAAUCGACUCAGACGUCCGGUCCUAUUGUCCGAUGCAUCCGCCAAAGACUCUUCGGGGCUCGGCUUGUUGAAGGGAGCCUAUUUUCUGAUUGUGCUUGGAUCAGGUGGCCAUACCAAGGAGAUGCUCGCCAUGAUGGGGAUCGGCUUUCCCAACAUCCCCGAUAUGCAUCGACGCUAUCUCAUUUCCAGCGGCGAUGCCAUGUCUCUUAAACACCUCGAUGCAUUCGAGAAUGACCUCAAAGACAUCCAUGGCGAAGAACAAGCCGGUACCCACGACAAGUACAUCGUUACCAGAGCCAGGAAGAUACACCAGAGUCUACUCACAACGCCCUUUACCGCCUUGUUAUCAGUCAUACAGAUAUUCCCGCUGCUCCUGACGUCCCCGUUCAGAGGCGCGAGAAGCCGCCAGCAGUUUCCCGACAUCAUCCUCACCAACGGCCCAGCCACGGGCUUCAUCGUUGGACUGGUCGCCUAUGCCCUGAAAAUGUUCUACAUCGUUCCUGAGGAUACUAUGCAGGUUCUCUACAUUGAGUCUUGGGCACGAAUCCGGACUCUUAGUCUGACCGGGAGGCUUUUCCAUCGCACCGGAUUCGCUGACCUAUUGCUGGUUCAGCAUGAGAAGGUGGCCAGGACAUACGGCGUCAAAAACGCGGGCUGCAUGGUUGUGAAGAGAACGGGCUGACAU